AAAUAUAUCGGAGGUUACCUAAUGAUUUAUAGUAAUUUAAAGGCGUAUAUUUUAGGGUCGUUAGGUGGGGUUCUAAUUCGUAUAAAAAGCGAAGCAAAAUUACUUAAGUCACUGUAGAAGUCAAGUCGUUACAAACAGCAACAACUUUUAAUCUCAAAAUGUACAAAAUCUUUCUUAUCAGUGCCACCCUGGCUCUUGCUAGUGCAGUUCCAGUGGACCAUCAGGCCACUUCCUAUUCAUCCUUCAACGACAACCACAACUCCAUCCAUCACAUCGACUCUGCUCCUUCCCACUUAAACAAAUAUGUUGCUGCACCCGCGUCUCAAUAUUACGCUGCCCCUGCUGUUGCUAAGGUCGCUUUGCCAGUAGCUAAGUUUGCUCUGCCAGCUGCCCCAGUCUACCAGGCUGCUCCCAAAUACUCUUAUGCUCCAGCUCCAGUAUCUUAUGCCGCACCUGUUGCUAAAGUAGCUGCCGUACCAACUGUAACUAAAUACUCCAUUCCUGUAGCCAAGUAUGCUGCCUACGAUGCUCAUAAGGAAGAAUAUGCCCCAGCCCAGUACGAGUUUGCUUACAACAUUGAAGAUGUUCAUACCGGUGACCUCCACUCCCAACAGGAGCAUCGUGAUGGAGACCAAGUUGUUGGACAGUACUCCCUUCACGAAGCUGACGGUACUGUCAGAAUUGUCAAGUACUCUGAUGAUGGACACGGUUUCAAUGCUGUAGUUGAAAAACAAGGACACCCAACUGAAGCUCCAGUAGCUUAUAAGAAAAUUAUUGCUGCUGCCCCUGCUCCAGCCUAUUAUCAUCAUUAACAAUAGUGUUGUUUAAGGUUGUUAUUGUAUUUAUUUAUUGAAAUAAACUAUUUAUUAUUAAUAAUAAUAA